AUGCAGCGCCUUCACCGUGGCAGCCCUUGUGCAGCGGGACGCGGAUUCGCAAGCGGCGCGUUCGCCGCGCCGCAGAAAUCAUUCAAUGCUGCUGUCUCCAACACCCGCCGCGCCCGCGCUGCGACUCCUGUGACGUCGGUCAUCGCGCAGCAGCAGGACGCCGACGACAGCGCUGUCGCCCCCAGUACCAGUGGCAGCGACGCGGGCGCCGCGGCCGGCCCAGGCCUUGCGGCCGCCCAGCAGCAGCAGCAGCAGCAGCAGCUGGGGGGCCGCGUCGCGCGUUUCCGCGCCACCAAGCAGGCGGUUCAGGUCGUGCAGGAGCUGCAGUCUAGAUCCCUGGCAGAGUACAUGGCCCUGCCGGCCAGCCAAUACUCAGUGCUAGACGCCCGCAAGAUCGAGCGUGUUGACGAGUCCACCUUCCGCUGCUACGUUGGCCAGCUCAGCUUCCUGGGCUUCAGCGUGGAGCCCGUCAUCACCGUCAGCGUCUCCGUCGAGCCCCGGGGCUGCACGAUCCGCCUGCUGUCCUGCCGCCUGCAGGGCAGCCGGCUCGUCGAGGAGGUCAACAACAAGUUCUCGGCGCAGAUGACUAACGCGGUGGUGUGGGAGCCGACGGAAGAUCCAGGCGCGAAGCAGAUCUCCAGCAGCACGACCCUGUCGGUUGAUGUGGAGGUUCCCGGCUGGCUGGUGCUGCCGACGUCUGCGGUGGAGGCCGCCGGCAGCGGCGUGAUGGCGGCGACGCUCAACGCGAUGGUGCCGUCGUUCUUGCGGCAGCUGGAGCGCGACUACGCGCUGUGGGCGUCGGGGGAUACGUCGCGGCGGCCGCUGGGGGAGGGCAUCCUGUGA